CACGGCCUCCACUACUCAUUAAACGGAAAAGGCGGGAUUGCAUCCGGGGUGUCGGCGCGGAGUGGCCGCUGGUGUGAGAAGUGGGUGGUCUCGGCUGCAUUCGGCAUUUUGCAAAGGCUUAGGUUUGCAUUCGAGGAACGAUGGUGGGCGAACGCGGUCAUUUCUAUGGCGUCUACCUUCUGCUAUGCAGAAACCCCAAGUUCCAGGGCCGUGUCUACAUUGGAUUCACAGUGAACCCACAGAGGAGGGUCAGACAGCACAACGCGGGCAAACGUUGUGGAGGAGCCUGGCGCACCAGUGGCAGGGGACCCUGGGAUAUGGUUUUGAUUGUCCACGGAUUUCCCUCGGCAGUGGCCGCACUGAAGUUCGAGUGGUCCUGGCAGCACCCGUCCAGAUGCCGGCAGCUGGCAGGGGUGAGGGGCCGCGGCAGGGGCGAGGGCAGUUACCCCUUCCACCUCCGGCUGCUGUGGGCACUGCUUCGCUGCCCGCGCUGGGGGCGCUUCCCCCUCACCCUCCGCUGGAUCCUCCAGCAGUAUCGGCAGGAGUGGCCCCCGGGCAGCGGGCCCCCGCCUCACGUGGCCCUGGCCUUUGGAGAGGUGGGUGGCGGGCCAGCCAAAGAGGGGAGCGAGAUGAAGACGGAGGCAGAGACCGGAGGAGAGUGCAGCGUCUGUGGCAAGCCGCUGACGGAGGACGGAGUGCUGGUGUCGUGUCUCCACCCCUGGUGCACAGCACGAUCUCACAUCAUCUGCCUGGCCCAGAGAUUCCUGCAGGGAGACCCUGCGCAGCUGCUGCCCCUCGAGGGGGUGUGUCCAGGCUGUGGUCGGUCCUUUCUUUGGGGGAACUUGAUGCGGCACAUGAGUGAAUCACGCAAAGGUGAAGGAGCCGUCGGCCCCCCGGACCCCCCUCAGCAGGGUCACUGGACAGAUCUCCUCAGUAUCUGAGCCUCAGGAAACAAAGAAACAACCUGCUGUUCAAAUGGAGGCUGUGGGUGGGGUGGCAGGAACCGUCGAUGAGUGUUGUCCAGACAGAGGAAGAGCUGAGAGGGGAGAAAGGAGGCAUUGAAGAGGAAAUACGUGUCUGUGGUCUCCAGCAGCUCUAGGGGCAUCUUUGAGGAAGGGUCUCCCAUUGGGUUCUAGGUGGAGGGCCUCACAUUUGUCUGAGUGUUGUGGGAGGACUGGACCAAGGGUCAGUUGGGUAAAACCCCUCUGUCAGUCCCUGUGCUGAACCACUCACUCUCCAGGCCCCACUCUGUCCGUGACCAACCCCAUCCAAUCACCACAGCCAUCUCUGUCCCUCCACUCCUGCCUUUUGCCAUAACUCCCUCUUUCUCCUACACUCCUACCUUCUCCACGCCUCCUCCCUCCCAUCUCUGUGUCUCUCCCAUUUACACCAGGAGUUCAAGCGUCGGGGGAGAAGUUGGGAAGCUGAACGAUGUGAAGGUGGAUCAGUCACCUGGAACUACACCCCAGGCUUCUGAAAGAGGUGACUGGAGUAAUGAAACGUUACGACAUACGGCACUUCGGUUGUUUGUCAGUGUCUGUGUAGUUUUUCACUGAUUCUACUGCUUUUCUUUAUUCUACUGUGAAUGCCCGCAGGAAAAUGAAUCUCAGGGUGGUAUAUGGUGACAUACAUUUACUUUGAUAAUAAAAUUUACUU